AUGCCCAGAAUACUGUGUGUGGCGGAGAAGCCAUCCAUAUCCAAAGCCGUCGCCGGCCAUCUGUCGGGAGGGCAGCUUCAGACGCGCAACACUCAGAACAAAUACAUCAAAAAUUACUGUUUCGAAUUCGAUUUUGGUCCGCCAUGGGGCAAUUGCAGCGUGACCAUGACCGCUGUCACCGGGCAUCUCACCAGCACAGACUUCAAUUCUGGCUACAAAAACUGGAGCUACCCACCCCCCGUCACAUUAUUUGGUGCCCCCAUUACCACAUUUGUUUCGAAUGACAAGGGAAACGUUGCCAAGAACAUCGAGGAGCAGGCAAGGUACUGCAGAGCCCUGUUCAUUUGGACAGAUUGUGACCGUGAAGGGGAGCACAUUGGAGGUGAGAUCCGGGAUGCGGCCAAGAAAGGCAACCCUCAAAUCGAGGUCAAACGGGCUCAAUUCAGCAACAUCGAAAGGGCUCAUAUUCUCAAUGCGGCUCGCCACUUGAGAGACCUCGAUCAGAGGCAAGUGGAUGCUGUCCAGGCCAGAAUCGAAUCGGAUCUGCGGACUGGAUACGCCUUUACUCGGUUCCUCACCAACAGUUUACGCUCGCUCGGUGGACCCAUUCAAAACGCCAUGAUCAGCUAUGGGUCUUGUCAAUUUCCCACCCUGGGCUUCGUUGUAGAUCGGUACUUCAAGGUACAGAACUUUGUGUCAGAAGACUUCUGGGGUAUCAAGGUGACACACAAGAAAGACGGCCUCAGCGUCACUUUCAACUGGGAGCGACACCGUCUCUUUGACAGGCCCACAGUCAUUAUUCUUUACGAGAGAUGCCUAAGCGCAAAGCAAGCAAAGGUUGUCAAGGUCCAGGAGAAGCCCACCAAGAAGUGGAAGCCCCUGCCCCUGACGACUGUCGAGCUUCAGAAAAUGGCAACCAGAUUCCUGCGGAUGACGGGUCAGCAGGCUCUCACUGUGGCCGAGAGCCUAUACAACCGUGGCUUCAUCAGCUACCCGAGAACGGAGACGGACCAGUUCGACAAGGGCAUGAACCUCCGGGAACUUGUCCGAAAGCAAACACAGGACAACCGCUGGGGACAAUUUGCCCAGGACCUGGUGGAUAACUCUUUUCAACAGCCGAGAAAUGGCCGCCACAACGACAAAGCCCAUCCUCCGAUCCACCCUAUCAGUUACGCAGCUCCUUCCGUGCUAAACGACCAAGAAAAGUCUCUGUACGAAUUUGUAACCCGUCGGUUCCUUGCAUGCUGCUCCGAAGAUGCCAAAGGCACCGCUACGGAUGUGGACAUCUUGUACGGGGACGAGGGCUUCCAUGCUCACGGAGUCAUUGUCUUGGAGCGCAAUUACCUCGACGUGUAUCCUUACGAAAACUGGACAAACACGGCCGAGCUGCCCAAGUUCACAGUGGGAGAGGUGUUCGAGCCUACGGAGGCGAUGAUGACCGAGGGUAAGACGACGCCGCCAGGAUACCUAACGGAGGCGGAUCUCUUGGCUUUGAUGGAUGCGAACGGCAUUGGCACGGAUGCCACGAUGGCAGAGCACAUCGAGAAGAUCCAGACGCGGGAGUACGUCCAGGCCGUAGAUCGAGCACAGCCGGCGGCGGGCGGUGGAGAAGAUGAAGAAGCAGAUGCACCGGCCACCAGAGGCGGACGUGGGGGUCGUGGGAGCCGAGGCGGUCGAGGCAGCCGUGGUGGCAGGGGAGGUCGAGGCGGAGCCGCGAGGGGCGGAGGCGGCGGCAGAUCCGUGAAGGUUUUCGUACCGACACAGCUUGGCGUCGCUCUCAUCGAGGGGUUCGACAGGAUGAACUUCCAGACGAGCCUCGCGAAGCCGUUCCUGCGCAAGGAGAUGGAGAUCAAGAUGAAGGCGAUCUGCGAGGGCAGAACCUCCAAGGAGGACUUCCUGCGGGACAACCUGCAGCAGUACCGCGCGGUCUUUGACCAGUCGACGGAGCAGCUGGAUGUGCUCAAAGCAGCUUGCAGACAGUACAUGUUCCAGGGCGCCGCUGGGUGA